UUUUUUUUCCCCAGCUCCCGGCGGCGCGAUGUGCAGGGACUGCGUGGAGAAGGAGUAUCCCAACCGGGGUACCAUCUGCCUGGAGAAUGGAUCAUUUUUGCUGAACUUUACAGGCUGUGCAGUGUGCAAUAAAAGGGAUUUUAUGCUAAUCACCAACAGAUCUCUGAAAGAGGAAGAUGGAGAAGAAAUUGUCACAUAUGAUCAUUUGUGUAAGAAUUGUCAUCAUGUAGUAGCCAGACAUGAGUAUACAUUCAGUAUCAUGGAUGAAUUUCAGGAAUAUACGAUGCUGUGUCUGUUGUGUGGCAAAGCUGAAGACACUAUCAGUAUUCUCCCUGAUGACCCCCGACAAAUGACUCUGUUAUUUUAAGCUCCUCUGCAACUAUGUUUUAACUGUGAUAUCUUGGUUUAUAAUACAAGCAAGCCUGGUUUACAAUGGAAA